AUGGACAACAAUCACCAUCCACCACCAACUUUGUCGCCAUUGGAACGCCUGCCACUACUCCCACUCGAGCAGAUCUGCGAAUAUCUUGGUGCAGGAGAUAAGAAGCGAUCCAGUCUUCUGGCAUUUGCAUUGGCCAGUAAGCACUGUUGCGAAAUAGCAGAACGCGAACGAUUCGAACGGCUUGUGCUCGACGUGAAAGGCGAAGAGCAUGCAGCAUCCCUGAUCGAACAAAUCCAAAAGACGCUUUCGAUAAAAGACCGUGUGCGAUAUGUUCGUCGAGCGAAAGUCUUUGGGAGCAUGGUAGGAAGACUGAAGGAACUCACCAAUGACGAAGACCCUUUCACAAGGCCAAACCAAGAAACAUCUUUCGUUGGCGUAGAUCUCUCAUGGAAGAAGAACAAGCGACAAGCCAACCUGAGAUGGAGAAAAUUUGCAGCAUUUAUACGGACGCUACCAGUACUGAAAGAGCUAGUUUGGGUAUCUUUUGAUCAGGUUCCACGAUGCUUGUUAGAUGUUCUCCACACAGAAUGUGUCAAUGUUACUUUGCAUGUUCUCACCUUUAGUAUACGCAGCGUCUAUCAGGGGACUACGGAAUAUGGCGAAGUUGAUCCCGAUGAAUAUGCUCUGAUCUCGUCGCCUAACCUGGUCAGCAUAUCGGGUCCCUCCAUUUCAGUCCAUCAUCCACGUCUCGACUAUUCCACACAUCCCAACCGCUAUGCACAUCUCGAUUACAAUGAUAAGAUUAAAAUCGCCAUGGCGAGGGGACUGGCUCCUAAUUUACGAUCUCACUGUUUAUGGCCACAAGAUCUGCCAAUUGCGGGAGAGGGACUGGAUUAUCCACGGACAAAGUAUACUUGGCACGACCCAUUUAAGGCCGAACCCCAGGGACAGUCCUACGAAAACACAGGACCUUUGAAGCGGUGGAUAUGCGUCUUGGAUCAGGAUUUAUUCAAAGAACUCGAGAGACGUCGAUCUCUCGACUCUCGGAGCAGUGUCGCAAAGCACGCUUUGAAGAUGUUGUCCGACGAGUUGGUAAACUAUGAUUCGAGCAACCUCGCAGCCGUGGUCGUGAACAUGAUCUCGUUCCGGGCCCAUGAAAGAGCACUCAUAAUGCGGUUUUUGGUGGCCAUGCCGCCACUCACUGUACUAAAACUUGAGGCAGUCAACGAUCAUAUCAUACAAGCCAUCCGAAAGCAACACGGACAAUCUUUGAAAACUCUGGAGGUAGAAUAUCUCAUUUGCAUGACUAGAGAAAUCGAGGAAAUUCACGGAAGUUGCCCUAAUCUCCGUCACCUCAGUCUUACACUCUUGCGAAAAAACGGGGAUGUAAAGGAAGUUGCCUUAUACAAAGCCCUGGGUCGAUUCCGGAGACUGGAAUCUCUCUCCCUAAAACUUAUGAAUGAUGUCUUUAGAGACAAUCCCAAUGAAAUCAAUACCAAUCGGACACGUCGCGAGCUCAUCGAUGGUGCAGUCGACCAAACCCUCGUUCAGGCGAUCUUUCGAUAUAUUUUCGAAAAGCAUCGUAUAGAGCUAGAAGGACUAAACCCAUCCCUUCAGCGUCUAAAGAUCCAAAGCGCCCCACUGUUUACCAAGCUGGCCGUUACAGAAAAGAUUUGUGCUUAUAUGUCUCGGCGCUGGCAAUGUGAACGCCGUCGGGUGGGUCUGGAGUGUGGGGAACUCCACUGCGAAGAGCUCUCGCGCCCAUUGUGCCUAGGUCAGUUUAGGUACAGAGAUGGGAGAAGUCAUCAGGAUCAGGACAAAUAA